AUGUGGCUGAACCUCGUGCCUCAGACAGACUGCUGCCCUGCCAAGUGUGUGUGCUAUGCCGAGCCCAAGCCCACGGUGGCCUGCCAACAACAAGGACUGUUCUCCAUCCCCACUGAGAUCCCUGUGCGAAGCCAGCGGAUAUUCCUCCAGAGCAACAAGCUGACCGUUGUUCGAUCCACCAGCUUCAGCUCCUGCCAUAAUCUCUCAGUCCUCUGGCUCUAUUCUAAUAACAUAAGCUACAUUGACAACGGCGCCUUUUACGGUUUGGAAAAACUAGAGGAGCUGGACAUUGGGGACAAUGGCAACCUCCGCACCAUCAGCCCCACAGCGUUCCGUGGUCUUACUAAGUUGCAUACGCUUCACUUACAUAGCCCAGAGUUUAUAGACAAUCCAGAAUCCUCAACAGCAUCAAAUAAAAAGAAAAAGAAGUGUUUGAAAAAGCCCAAAUCAGACGCCCAGUGCAUCAAAGGCAGGGGUGCGUCUUUGCAAGUGCUGCGUAUUCUCUUCAUUCCCACCAUCUGGAUAUCUCUAGCCAUGUCCUAG